AUGCAAACAGGAAAGAUACUUUUUGUUUUUUUGGUCGGGUAUGUUGCAAGUCUACAAGCUGAAACCCUGACAAAGAGAUCAAACAAUUUCGCUGACAGAAAUCCUAACCCAUGUCAGAAUGGUGGGACAUAUACACGGAUAGGAAAAUCCAUACCACCACGUGGACCUAAGUUCAUAUGUACCUGUCCUGAGGGGUUUUCAGGGAUAGUAUGUCAAUUUAAUGUUUGUGACAAACAUGAUUGUCAGAAUGGAACUUGUGAGGCAGACCAGAACAGUACACGUGGUUACAGGUGUAACUGUAUCGAAGGUUAUGCCGGGGAGAAUUGUGAAGUUUUGCCAAUGGAUUGUAAGGAAAUUCAAGAAAAUGGUCCAUAUAAUUCUGGUGUGUACGAAAUUUUCCCAGAUGGGAAUCCCUCAAAUUCGGUUAGGGUGUUCUGUGACAUGGAGACGCAGGGCGGUGGAUGGAUGGCAAUCCAAAAACGACUUACAGGAUCCGUGGACUUUAAUCGGAUAUGGGAUGAAUAUAAGAAUGGAUUCGGUGACCCUGAGGAAGAUUUCUGGAUUGGAAAUGACCAAAUCCAUCAACUGACAAAAGGAAAUGACUCUUCUCUCUACGUUUCCAUAACUCUAGUAAAUGGCACAACACUGUACGAGUUAUAUGAUCGGUUCUCUGUAGCAGAUGAAGCAGAGAAUUAUCGCCUUUUUCUGAGUGGACCGGCCACAGGAACACUGGGUGAAAGAAUGAUAAUUCCUGGUGACCCAGACAACGGUAUAAAUGGAAUGUAUUUUAGUACACGGGAUAGAGACAACGACAGAGCGGAUUAUGGUUUUCAAUGCGCUGUUGAAUUUGGAAUAGGUGGGUGGUGGUACAACAGCUGCCACGAUGCCUUCCUAAACGGGCCCUGGGAUUCACAAAACUGGAGACAGCCUUGGGACCCCCCAUUGAAUGAUGGGACCGAGGUGAGAGGGACGUUGAUGAUGGUCAGAAGAGUCUAAGGACAUCACUCAUAACUUCCAUAUACAGAAAAAGGAGACAGAUAUAAAAAGGGCAAUUUUUAUUAUUAAACGUGUGUAAUGAAUAA